AUUCCGGCCUCGUAAUGCACGCGUGCUCUCAUGUGCUCUUAUGUAGGAAAAGCUUGUUUCAUCGGCUGCAGCAUUAUCAGAUGGCUAUUUUGCAUGCCACAUUCACUUUUUUUUCUUGCUAUUAGAAUCUUGUCAUUCCCCCCCAAAAAAUACACCUUCCCUUCCCCCCCUUCUCUGAAUUAUUAUUCCCUUAUACUCUCCUCAUAUCAUCCUCUGUUCUCCCUUACCUCAAUAUCUCUCCUUAUUUGGGAGACCGCCCACGCCCAGUCUGUAAGUCCUGCAAACGUUUAUGAUAUAUCUUUGUGAUGAUUUUUUUUUCCCCCCAAUACGUAUUUAACCUGACAGAUUUCGGCGCCCAAGCACAUAUAUUUGACACGGUUUUCGCAGGAGUUGUGGGCAUUUCCAGGGGUAGUUGAAUAGCCCUAGUGGUAGUUUGACCCUUCUUCUGUAUCAUGAACCUAAAAAACACUCAUGAGAACCCAGGUGAUCCUCUUUUUGACCUUUGGAAAAUGUGAGGCGGAAGAGUCUGAAAAUCCUAGUCGCCGUGGCAGCCUCGCAGCGCGCACCACAACACAACAACACUCGUCCUUGGCGCAGCGUGAGGGGUGCCUGCCUUCCUCCCUGCUGAUCAUUUAAAGACAUAGCUGGCCUGCUCCUCAGAACCACAGCAUCCUCUCAUCUGGGCUCCAUGGCUUGCUUUGAGGAAGUUCACCAUUGACUGACCACAGCAAGCCUCGCCUCAAUUUCGUCAAGUAGUCACUCCUGUACCUACACACAGCCCAGGAAAUGCAAAAGGCAAGCAAAACCUCUGACAGUCACCCAGAAUACAGUAUGAGUGCCGUAAGAGCCAUGACACCGUACCAGUACCCUACUACAACAUACAUCCAAAACCCAGGCCCUGCCACGUAUCCAAGCCAUCCACAGACUUAUAGCAUGCCAGGAUCGCCAGCAUGGUCUCACCAACCUUGGAGAGAAAAUGUUAUGCCUUCCAUGUUCACAACUUAUCAGGGUGCUCCAUUUUCCUAUCCCUAUCCUCAGUACAUUCCAACCCCCCACCAUAUGACCCACCCUCAAAUGCCUCAGUAUAUUCCUUAUAAUAUGACCCAUCCUCAAUCCAUGCCACAAGCACCUCAGUACUCUUCAUUCUCUCAUCCCAUGACCCACCAUCCUCCACCCAUGCCACAAACACCUCAGUACUCUUCAUUCUCUCAUCCCAUGACCCACCUUAAUACUUUGCCUCCAGCACCUCGGUACGCUUCACCCUAUCAAUACCCUAUGACCCACCCUCAAACUGUAACACAAAGGCCUCAGUAUAUGGUGCCCUCUCCUUACUGUAUGACCCUCCCUCAAACUAAGCCAAACAGCAAAGUUUACUCUCCGGAAAAAAACGACAAAAAGUAUUGGACAAAGGGCAAAUGUCUCACAAUUGAUUGCAAGACAUCACAGUACAGUGAAAAUAGCAACAGUGAACCAAGUGAAUCAUCUAGUUCAGAAGAUGAAAAUUCUGAAGGAGAUAAUAACGACAAAUCAGAACUGAAUAAUGAGAGCAGCAAUGAAAAUGUAAGUGAUGAUGCAAGUGAAUCAAAUAGUUUAAAAGAUGUAAAAAAUGAGGAGAAAAUUAGAGAAAUAAUACAAGAAACAACAGAUACAAAAGAAUCAAGUAAACGGGAAGGAGAAAAUUACCCAUUGAAAUCAAAGUGCACUAAGAACAAAACUUCAAAAAAGAAAAAAAAGAAACAGAAGAAUAAAAGUGUUGUAAAGGAUGAAGGUUUUUGCAUAUCUAAGGAAACAUCACCAGUCACCAAUGCAUCUCAAAGCACGGAGAAUAAGAAAGAGAUCCAGAAAUUGAAGGAUGGGAAGAAUUUUCUGGCACAAUAUGGAGCAGUCAUCACAGAAGUUCACUGCACCAUGGGCAAGCUGCGGACAAAGAGUGGUACAGAAUACUACUUUCCUCCUGCCUUGUGCUUUUUAUAUGGAGUCAGCCUGGCUCGCGUAGAACUGUGGCACGUCUUAAUUGAAGGGCAGCAAGUGAAAGUCACACUUGAUCUCACCAACCCUGAGAAUCCAAAAGUUACUCGGGUCACAGUGGAGGAGGAGAACCCUGACCACGACACCACCACUACAGUCCUGGACCUGGAGAAGUGGUGCUCUGCCAACAGCGUCCCAGAGAAAGCCACACUGACUCUGAUUGAGCGGGUGAAGGGUUUGCACGACUCCUGAAUACCCUUCGUUGCUGGUUGUGGUGCAGACAGCCAUGUGUAUUGCUGCUGAUCUGGUUGGUGGUGUUAUUUUUAGUCUUUUCUACUCUUGGUAUUGUAUCACUGCUCUUUCUGAUAUUUGUUGAUCUGGUCAGUGGUGUUAGUUUUUUGUCUUUUAUGCUACUGGUGUUGUAUCACUGUAGUGUUAUAAUAUCUGUGGAUCUGAUUGGUGGUAUUAGUUUUUUUAGUCUUUUAUACUAUUGGUAUUGUAUCAAAGUGGUGUUUUAAUACUCUUUAUCUUUUUUGCACAUAUAGGAGUUAAGCUUUGACUUGUGCAUGUGUAGAUGUAGAGGCAAAAUAUCCCUCUGUGGUUAUUCAUGAAGAUGUGAACAGUUGAAACAAUGGAGAAAUUAAUGACUUCCAUUAACUUGAAAUUUCCAGUUGCAGCAUUAAUUUUUAAUGUCAUACAAAAUUCACCAAUAAAAUAAAUUACCAUUGUUUCACAGAGCAUUCCAUUACCAUUAAUUAAUAUUAUUAUUAUUAUUAUUAUUAUUAUUAUUAUUAUUAUUAUUAUUAUUAUUAUUUUUACUAUUAUGAUUAGUAGGUAUUUGUAUUACUUGUAAUAAUAAUAGUAGUAGUGUUGUAGAAAUCCUCUUCAUGUGCUUGAGGACUCAUUAUUUUUGUAAACUCACUUGCAAUUGUUAUUAAUACUUAGUAAUGUGGGAAUAGCAGAGUUAAUUUACAAACAGAAAUCACUGUAAAUUAAAAUUUAUUAAGUAUUAAU